CGAGUCAUUAUACCACACCAAACCAGCACCAGCACACGGCAUACCACAAGCAGCAGCAGCAGCCGCCGCCGUGGACUUCGACGCUCAAGUACUCGAGCUCUAGCGCUUCGCUCUGUAGCGGCUCUCGCACGGAUCAAAGCCGAUGGCGACGGCGGUCCACCAGCUCUCCUUCUCCGCGCCGAGCGCGGGCGCCAGGCGGCGGCAGAGCCGGGCGUCCGCGUCCGCGUCCACGACGGACCGGCACGAGGUGCUAUCGCCGAAUCGCCGGCUGCCGCUGCGGAAGGUGCCGGGCGAGCACGGCCCGCCGCUGCUGGGCGCGCUCAAGGACCGGCUCGAGUACUUCUACGGGCCCGGCGGGCGCGACGGCUUCUUCGCGGCCCGCGUCCGCGCGCACCGCUCCACGGUGGUGCGCCUCAACAUGCCCCCCGGCCCCUUCGUGGCCAAGGACCCCCGCGUGGUGGCGCUCCUCGACGCCGCCUCCUUCCCGGUCCUCUUCGACACCUCGCUCGUCGACAAGACCGACCUCUUCACCGGCACCUUCAUGCCCUCCACCGACCUCACCGGCGGCUACCGCGUGCUCUCCUACGUCGACCCCGCCGAGCCCAACCACGCGCCGCUCAAGUCGCUCCUCUUCCACCUCCUCACCCACCGCCGCCAGCACGUCAUCCCCACGUUCCGCGAGGUCUACGGCGGCCUCUUCGGCCGCAUGGAGAACGACCUCGCCCGCGUCGGCAAGGCCGACUUCGGCAACUACAACGACGACGCCGCCUUCGGCUUCCUCUGCCAGGCGCUCCUCGGCCGUGACCCCGUCGACUCGCCGCUCCGCGACGAAGGGCCCAAGCUGGUAGCCAAGUGGCUUCUGUUCCAGAUCAGCCCGCUGCUCAGCCUCGGCCUGGCGGGCCUGCCCACCCUCGUGGAGGACGGCCUCCUCCACAGCUUCCGCCUCCCGCCGGCGCUCAUUAAGAAGGACUACGGCCGCCUCGCCGACUUCUUCCGCGACGCCGGCAAGGCGGUGAUCGACGAGGGCGAGCGGCUGGGCAUCGCGCGGGAGGAGGCGGUGCACAACAUCCUCUUCGCCAUGUGCUUCAACUCCUUCGGCGGCAUCAAGAUCCUGUUCCCGUCGCUGGUGAAGUGGCUGGGCCGCGCCGGCGGGCGGGUGCACGGCCGGCUCGCGACGGAGGUGCGCGCCGCCGUGCGCGCCAACGGCGGGGAGGUGACGAUGCGGGCGCUGGCCGAGAUGCCGCUGGUGAAGUCGGCCGUGUACGAGGCGCUGCGGAUCGAGCCGCCGGUGGCGAUGCAGUACGGGCGCGCGAAGCGGGACAUGGUGGUGGAGAGCCACGACUACGGGUACGAGGUGCGGGAGGGGGAGCUGCUGUUCGGGUACCAGCCCAUGGCCACCAAGGACCCGCGCGUGUUCCCGCGCGCCGAGGACUACGUGCCCGACAGGUUCCUGGGCGAGGACGGCGAGCGGCUGCUCCGGUACGUGGUGUGGUCCAACGGUCCCGAGUCGGCGACGCCCACGCUGCAGGACAAGCAGUGCGCCGGCAAGGACUUCGUGGUGCUCAUCGCGCGCCUCCUCGUCGCCGAGCUCUUCCUCCGGUACGACUCCUUCGACGUCCAGGUCGGGUCCUCGCCGCUCGGGUCGUCGGUCACCAUCACAUCGCUUAAGAAGGCCACCUUCUGAGGCAUCGCCACGUGUACUCAUUUUUUUCCCUCUGCUUUUCUCGAUCGAUGCCAGUAUUACACCAUGCAUGCGAUACGCUAGCAUGGAGUGAUAGAGGAUUUGUGUAACAAAAAUUUCUUUUCCUAGCAAAGAUGAGCCCGAUUUUUCCCA